ACCAUUUGCAGACAUGGUCGCGGCGUGAAAGAAAGUCUCGAUACGAUCGGUUCCCUUCACUUUCUCUCUCUAGAAAACUUCCCCCCCUCUCUCUCUCUAAAAGGGCAAAAAAGACCCCUUUGGCGUCAAUCCUCCACUUCCAUGGCGAACAGCAACCUGCCUCGAAGAAUUAUCAAGGAAACUCAGCGCCUACUCAGCGAACCAGCACCGGGGAUAAGUGCAUCUCCAUCGGAAGAAAACAUGCGGUAUUUCAAUGUCAUGAUUCUUGGCCCAUCACAGUCACCUUAUGAAGGAGGAGUCUUUAAGCUGGAAUUAUUUUUGCCUGAGGAUUAUCCAAUGGCUGCCCCCAAGGUUCGAUUCCUUACAAAAAUAUACCAUCCAAACAUCGAUAAGCUUGGUAGAAUAUGUCUUGAUAUCCUAAAAGACAAAUGGAGCCCUGCUCUUCAGAUUCGCACCGUACUCCUCAGCAUUCAAGCACUUUUAAGCGCUCCAAACCCAGAUGAUCCGUUGUCGGAGAACAUAGCAAAGCAUUGGAAAUCCAAUGAAGUUGAGGCUGUUGAAACAGCAAAGGAGUGGACUCGUUUGUAUGCAACCGGCGCCUAAUCGAAUUUACGACUACUUCCUUCACUUUGUAAAUCCAAUCCCAUGGAAGAAACAGAUUUCAAUUGGGAACAAGUUUUCUUUUUUCAUUUUAAGGAUUCAUACUUUCCUUUACAAAGUGGUUCACCCAUAUAUUUCCUCCUCAAGGCUCGCUGUGUUGACUAAUGGGUCAAAGUCACAUGAUUUUUUUCUUUUUAAAUUGGUCCUAAUCAUGUCUAAUAAAGAUUGAUAUGUUAUA